AAUUACUCUUAAAUCAGUUUUUGUGUCAUAAAAUACAAAUAUUUCCUUUAGUCUAAUUCCCUCGUGGAAAAUUUCAGUGGAAAUUAUUCGCCAUUGAAACCCUGGCUGUCCCAAAAGUUCGCCGUGGAGUGUCAGAUGGGAUGGACUUGUAUUUUAUGUGUGGGCUAGAGUGGUGCGUGCAAGCGUAGUGCUGUGAAAAAUCUUAAAAAUUGUGCAUAAAACCCUCUCCAGUGGCAACUGCAGCAUAUGCAAAAUCAUCCCUAUGGGCUACUUCAGCGACUAGAGCACCCAGCCCCUCCGCGCGGUGUCUUGCGAAAUGUUUCUGGAUCAUCACCGAAUAGUGGCUAAAUGGACUAGUAUUGUCACCGUGAAUACGAUUAAUUUAUGCGCAAGAUGGGAAUUGGACAACAGAGAUGUGUUGUCCUGAUAUUGGCAAUUUGUCUCCUGUCCAUGUGCAGUGGCGCCUUAGGGCACUGCACGACAACCGCGACUUCCGGCAGGAUUCUCUAUUGCACCAAUGCCACGCUUAGUGACGUCACUGGGCGGUUCUUCGCCGGACAAUCCUACAGCGAGAUUAUCCUGAGAGACAUCGCGAAUGCCGACAAGAAGGUGCUUCUGAGCCUAAACAAUGAGAACGAGACGGAGGUGCUGGUGUGGACCGGCAGUGGAGUCGCUGAUGGGCAGUUUGAGGGGCUGAUGAGCGAGAAGAGGAGAUUCUCGCGACUCCGGAAGCUGGAUCUCAGCGAGAAUGACAUUGCGCGCGUGCCUGAGAGGAGUUUUGCCAAAUUAAUCAAACUGAAGAUCCUUAAUCUGUCUGGGAAUCGCAUAGCAAACGUGUCCGCCAAUGUCUUUAUGGAUCUACAGUCGCUGAAUGAGUUGCACUUGGCCAGAAAUCACCUGGAGAGGAUUUCAACGACCACCUGGAGCCCUUUUGGGUACUUAAAGCAACUCCUUGUGCUGGAUCUGGCGGACAAUGUGAUUAAGGAUCUUCCGAGACACACCUUUCGUGGCCUGGAGACGCUGAAGCAGCUCCACUUGCAGCGGAAUCAACUCACAGUGGUGCCAUUUCAGUUGUUUGCCGACAUUGGAGCCAUUGAGAUGCUGGAUCUCUCCCACAAUGGCAUCGUGUCCAUCCUUGAUAAUCACUUUAUUGAAAAUGGGAGGCUCCAAGUGCUGAACAUGCAGCAUAAUCACUUGGUUUCAAUCCUCAAAAACACAUUCAAUGGACUGAGUCGCCUCACUUAUCUCAACGUAGCGGAGAAUCGUAUUAAUUUUAUCGACCGAAAUGCCUUUAGCAGUCUCGAGGAGCUGAAAUACCUUAAUAUUAGUGGGAAUCAUCUAUUGAUUUUGUCCUCAAGUGUCUUCAGUGGGCUCACAUUGCUGGAGCAGCUUGACAUGAGCGGUAAUCCGUUUGAGAACCUCCCAAAUGGCAUCCUUAUGCAUCAGUAUGCCCUCAGGGAGUUCACCUUGAGCCGCACAGGGCUCAAGAGGCUGGGGAAUCUCGCGGCCAGGCACAAUGGGACCCUCAAUCGAGACAUCUUGAGGCAGUUGCGAGUGGUUUCCAUGCGGGAGAAUGUCAAUCUCACAUGCCUGGACGGCAGUGUCCUGGCAAAUCUCCCAUCUGUUGAGAUUCUCCACCUCACGGGUAGUCAGAUUGCGGAGAUGCCCAAGGAGAUUGGCGAUCUGACGACUCUGCGAGUGCUUGACUUGAGUGGCAACGCCCUGACAUUCCUCCCGGACACUGUGAACAAAUUAUCUCACCUGCGCUAUGUCAAUUUCAUUGCCAAUGACUUUGCGUGCGAUUGUCGCAUGCACUGGAUGGUGUCGUGGAUCAGACGCCUGAUGGCGCAAGAGAACGACACAAUGGACAUCCUGGUGGAGUCAACGCAUCACGAUGCUGCCGUGAUCAAUCUGCAUGAUCUGAAGUGUCGCAACGGCUAUCCUGGAGACAUGCUGCGUGUCCUGCAGCAGUUGCACUGCUUCAAACCCUCCCUGAUCCAUGCAUCACAGCCCAGGAUGCAUCUUCUGCAAGCUGAUGCUACCCUCGAGUGCUCCUUCACGGGCAAUCCCACACCCAAUAUCAUCUGGGUGACGCCUCACAACGAAAUCCUCCGCUAUGUGCCGGAUCCGGAUAUGAAGAUGCUUGCGCCGGAUCAGCAGCAGGAGAAGUAUCAGCAGUACAUUGAACUGCAAUUCAUCAACAGCACAAUGGAGAAGAGGAACUACACGAGAAGAGAGACAAUGCAGAGGAACUCCAGUGUUGACCUGCUGGAGAAUGGAUUCCUCAGGGUACACAAUAUCAGUCGCAGCGACAGUGGAACGUACACGUGCUAUGCCUGGAACAUCAUGGGCCAUACGAGCUCGGACGUGAGAUUGUACAUCGAUCCCAUUAUCUUCUAUCGCGUGAAAAUUGGCAGCAUAAUUUGUGGAAUAAUCACGGCGGCGCUGUUUCUCACCGGGACGCUGAUUGUGCAGCUGAUCAGGAAGAUCAAUUCUCGAUUCGGGCUGACGGACAAGUGCAUGAAGAACUGCUGCGAUUGCUGCCUGCGCGACAAGGCGACGCCGCGAGCCAGGCAGAUCUAUGCGAUGCUGGACAGCAUUGAGCACUACAAGAGCAUGCAGCUGGAGAAGCUGCGCGAGAAUUACGCCCAGCAAGUGCACAGGAUCAAGGACAAUUGCACGCAGCAGGUGGAGUGGAUUCAGAACUCGUACAGCAGCCAGGCGAAGCACUUGAAGGAGAUCAGAGACAUCGGCACGCACCAUCUCACGUCGCUGAGGGAUCAAUACUAUGAUCAGGUGAAGAGAGUGCGCGAUUACUCCACCGGCCAGCUGAACUGGGUGAGGGAGAAUUAUGUGUUCCAGCGAAACAAGAUCAGGAAGUUCAGUGCACAUCAGGUGCUGCGAAUCCGCGAGGGAUACAAAUAUCAGCAGCAGACGCUGAACAAAGUGCUGGAGAAUCUGCCGAGUUUCUACUUUGAGAACUGCCGCGGUCGCAGUGACGACGAUGAUGAGUUCGAUGAGAACUUCGAAGUGUACCUCAAGACGAAGAUGGACAAAUUUUCGUCGCAAUUCGACGCGAAGAACCACAUGCUGCACCAGAAGCACCUGGACAAGAUGCUGGAGAACUACUCGGUGCGCAGCGUGGACGACAGCAAGGCGUCUGUGUAUUACACGCCGACGGGCGAGGAGAAUCUCAAUUCGCCGAUGCUCCACACGUCGCCCAUCCACAUCAACUACAUCAACAAUGACGUGUGCCUGGACCUGCUGUUCCCCGAGGAGAGGCUGAAGCUGUACCAAAGCAACUUGGACGAGGCGGAGGCGGGCGACGUGGGCUGCAAGUGGGUGGACCCGCUCACCAUCGAUCAAUACAUCCGGCCCAAGGCGGCCAAGGGGCGGCACAAGCGACGACGGAGGAGCGCCAAUGAUCUCGCCAUCUCCCUCCAGGAUCUGACCGCGGUACUUAAGGAAGACACCAGCCAAUCGUCCUGCAAUCCAUCCGACAAGCAAAAGUCCGCCUCCACCACGCUGAACAACAGCAGCGCAGACAGUGGCAAUUGUCUCCUCCAGAGUAGCUCUAGUUUGCCCGUGAUUGCCUCACCUUGACCUGUGGCAAUUGCUAAUCUAGUGAUUAACCUCCUAAUGUUAAGUAGAGUGUUCAAUUAGGACUCAUUUAUCUCUUUUUUUUUGUGAAAUAGGAAGAGGAAAAAUCGUAUUUAUGCAAUUUUUGUGUCUGUUGCACAGUGAAAUUGAGAAGGGUUUCCGUUUGCUAUCACUGUCCGUGGCCGCGGGAGAUUUGCAAAGAAGAGGAUCAACGUGUCUUCCUGAUUCAGCCACUCCGGAUGGAGGUUCUGCCCUUGUGUCUCCUAGGCUAAGGUUAAUCUUAUAUCAUUUUCUGAGCACUCAAGUUCCCAAAAAAAAACUGAUCUUGGAAGUAUUAAUAUAACGAUGGAUAAUAAUAUAUGUAAUGAAAAGGCAGAACAUCCAUCCAGAAUGAUAUCCUUAGUUGGUUAAGAUACUCUGUUGUAUUCCAAGUCCCUUAUUUGGUUGAUUAACUGGAUCUCUUUGGGAACAAUUCUGCAAAGGAAAGCAAAAAAAAAAGUAUACGAAACUGACUCAGAGAUUCCAAUUACUUGUUCACUUUGCGUGUCGUCUUAAAUCUCUAAAAUCUAAAAGCACCGCUUGUAUGUUUUAACAAUUUGUAGAUUAAUUCAUCAAGACUUAGCAGAAAGCUUCGGGAACUGAUUAUCUAUUUACAAGAAAAUUUUAUGAAGCUCCCCUGCUAGUGAAGAUAUUUAGUUUAAAAAAAGAAAUCUUAUUUCAAAUGCCACCUUCUUUGCAAGGAUCUCCACACGCGCCACCGCAACACCCUGUCGAUAGAUCUUAAAUCCUUUUGUAGGUGAAUAUAUUUUGUGAGUCUGUAGUGUCCUCCAGAUCAAUGCAAUGUCUUAAAGAUUAGUAGAUGGUUAAACCUUGCGUUAAGACUUUUUUCUUGCUCUGUACAGUUCCUAGAGGUAAAUUGCACCUGGUUUUGCCCCGGAAAUGUUCAUUUUCUUAGGACUAAGAGGUGAUUUUGUUCAAUGUGGAAGUUACUUGUACAUAAAAGAGGGUAAAAGAAUCAAAUUAUUGACCAGAAAACAUGAAUUCCAUGGGUGAAAAAAUCACAAGUGAGACACCGAUGGAUAUCGGAGAAUGUGUUUGCAGGAAAUAAAACAGGUCACCAGAGGCCAUUCUUUGUAUAAAAGGUACCUUUUGAGGGCGUAUGAAAUAAAUUCUAAUGAAAAAAUUGA